GUACAACUUGCCCGUCUUAUACAAUUUCAAGCUGACUUUCGCCAUUCAUUUAUCCUUCACCUUUCCUAAUUGUUGUCUCUCUUAACAGAAAUCUUUGGCUUCUUCAUGUCAUGAGAGGAUUCCAAUUGUUCCAACACGAUCUCUUUCGCGUUCAGCUAACUGCUGGUGAACACUUGUCAAGAUGGAGCUAUCUCAAGGAUACAAGACAGUAGCAGCCUUCAUCAUUGCGCUACCUCUUUUUGUCUGGCGAUUUAAGAACUCUUCAGGUCCUAACUCGCGCUUAGAGGGUUUCUUCUUUUAUUGCCUUUCUGUCGCUUCUGUCUCUUGGUUGUAUGCCGUCUCAGUACUGGUCCCUGAGCCUUACCUGGAUGAAGUAUUCCAUAUACCGCAGGCGCAAAAAUACUGCCAGGGGAGGUUCCAAGAGUGGGAUGACAAGAUUACGACACCACCAGGGCUUUACCUUCUCUCUCUUGUAACACCUGGAGUUAUCCGUCCUAGUAGUUCAAUAAGUGGAUACUUCUGCGACGUCAAGAGUCUACGAGCUACCAACGUCGUUGUUCUGAUGAUACUCGCCUUCUUGGUCCUGAAGUGCCGUCGAGAGAUCGAGGCACGUCUCUAUGAAGCUCAUGCCUCGACCCGGCUACGCAAUACUUCACAAUAUGCAGUUCACACCGCACUCAACAUCGCCCUCUUUCCUCUUCUCUUCUUCUUCUCUGGACUUUACUACACCGAUGUUGUAUCUACUGCAGCCGUCCUGGUCGCGUACUUGAACCACUUGAAGCGCAUUGGUCGAGAUCGUAGUUCUGCCUUGAACGAUCUAACAACAAUCUUCCUUGGAAUUGUCACACUUUUCUUUCGCCAGACCAAUGUCUUCUGGGUAGUUGUGUAUAUGGGUGGCCUAGAAGCUGUCCAUGCUGUCAAGACAUUGCGGCCAGAGCAGGUUGAUCAGCCAGUUAUCUUGACGCUCUUUAGGCAGAUCAAGUAUUUUGCAUGGAGAUAUUCCCUUGGGGAUGUCCAUGACCCCCCACUGCACAUGAUGUGGCCAGAUGACAUGCUCUUCUGUGUCUUGAGCCUGGGAAUCGCAGCGAUUUGCAACCCAAUCCACGUCAUUAGGCAAAUAUGGCCUUACGUUGCUGUCCUUGUCUCAUUUGGUGGCUUCGUAGCAUGGAACGGUGGUGUUGUCCUCGGUGACAAAUCCAACCAUGUUGCUACUAUCCACCUCCCACAGAUGCUCUACAUAUGGCCUUUCUUUGCUUUCUUCUCUCUACCACUUCUAGUACCGUAUGCCCUACCCAUCAUUAACAUAGGACUGCGAAUACUCCCGCAGGCUGGAUCGCCUACAUCAACUAGCAAACCAGCCCCCGAGGCCAAUGCAGAGCCGGCCUCAUUUUCCUUCAGCAAGUCACGAAGGUCAGGAAGCUCUGACAAAGACUCGGCGACUGGCAGCUCGGACAGAAUAUACCCACGUCCAUCGAAGCCACUGGAAAUCGCCAGCUUCAUCUUUGGGAUUAAGCUUAUACUCUGGCCCCUCUACCUCCUUGCGACCAUAGUGCUCUCACUCGCCAUCGUCCGCUACAACACUAUUAUCCACCCCUUCACUCUGGCUGACAACCGCCAUUACAUGUUCUACAUCUUUCGAUACACCAUCCGACGGGCUUCUUGGAUUCGAUAUGCUUUGGUUGUCCCCUAUACCUUGUCUCGGUGGAUGACGUGGGGUGCCGUCGCUGGCUGUUCACGGUUCUUCACUAUUCACACGCGUGCCUGUUCUGUUUAUGGGAAUGGAACAGGAAAUCCUCCCUUCCUGAGUCAUCCUAUGGUGACUAACGUUGGGUUUUCGCCAAGACAGACUUAUACUCCCUUUCCAACAGAGAUAACGGAGAAUUCUCAGGAUACUUCCAAAGAUCAAGAACUGACCAAGGCUUUGGAAGAUGACCCUCUUCUUGCUUCCGUUAUACCAGCUUCCACUUCGGCUGGACUCAUAUUCUUGCUUGCCACAACCUUAUCACUCAUGACGGCCCCGCUAGUAGAGCCACGAUACUUUAUCAUACCCUGGGUGAUGUGGAGGCUGCUUGUACCUGCGUGGAGGCUUCACGACCAUGGUGGUUACAGCGAUAUUGCUUCUAGGCUCUCAAAUCACCCAAAGACCAGGCCUUUGUUUGAGUUCUUUCAACACUACGAUCUGCGUCUUAUCAUUGAAACGUUUUGGUUCAUCGCCAUCAAUGUUGCAACAGGCUACAUCUUCCUCACCAAGCCUUACAUAUGGAAGGCGGAAGAUGGGACUGUGCUGGACGACGGUCGACUUCAAAGAUUUAUGUGGUAAACACAAGAUGGAGGGGAUGUGAGCGGU